AUGGCAAGAACGAACUUUCUGAUACUAUUCGGCUCAUUUACACUAUUUUAUGUCUACCAGUUGAUUUUCGUGGUUCAGGGAAAAUUGGAGUUUACGAAUAUCAAGUGUGAAGUAAUCGAUAAAAAGUUCUGUGUAUUCCAGCACUGUUUCCUUAAAUCAGUGAAUCGCACAUACAAAUAUUUCUCGGUUCAUGUGCAUUUUUUGCAACCACCAGUGCAUAGUGGAUCGGUUAAUUUCGUGCUAUACAAACGUUCUAAUGGUCUUAGGCCAUUCCUCUUCAACUAUACCAUGGAUGUAUGCAAAUUUCUGGACAACAGAACGAAUCCAGCAUCUCAAUAUUUUUAUAGUUUAGUCAAAGACUACACAAAUGUUAAUCACACCUGUCCAUACGAUCACGAUGUGGUGAACUGGUGGAACAAGAAACUGACAAUAUCCAUGCCCGUUCCAACUGGAAGGUAUUUACUGAAGACUCUAUGGAUAUCUAAGGGCAUACUACGUGCGGAAGUCUUUAAUUAUUUCACAUUAACAGAUUAG